GCUUGUUGCGCAUGCGUUGCUUGCCCUUUCCGAGCGCAGCAUCAAGAACAUGGCUGACGUGACUGUGGCGGACGACGGGAAACUCAGCAAAAAGUCUGUCUGCUGACUGUCGUAGUUCAGCAUGCUGUCUCUGGUCAGGCUAGCCAGACGGCAGGUGUGGCAAGCCUUUGGGGUCAGGGGAGAGUGGUUAAAAUGUUCUCCGCCAUAUACUGCUGCAGUCUCAUCUCAGUUUCUUGGGAACCGUUGGAAAGGUGACAAAAGUGAGCUGAAGAGACGAAUGAAAGCAGAGAAGAAGGCGGCCGAGAAAGAAGCGAAAAUCAAAGAGCAUGUGGAGCCCAAGAAGGAAGCCAAUGAUCAGGGAGAUCAGAAUGCCUCUGGGUUGGAUGAAGAAACACUUGACCCCAACCAAUACUACAAGAUCCGUACCCAGGCCAUUCAGGAGCUGAAGGGCACAGCAGAAGACCCAUACCCACACAAAUACCAUGUAGACUUGUCUCUUACAGAGUUCAUUGAGAAAUACAAUCAUCUACAGCCUGGAGACCAGCUUACCAAUGUUGUCCUCAACCUGUCAGGUCGCAUCCAUGCCAAGAGGGCCUCUGGUGCCAAGCUGCUCUUCUAUGAUUUACGAGGGGAAGGCGUCAAGCUGCAAGUCAUGGCAAACUCAAGGAACUACAAGUCUGAGGAGGCCUUUGCAGCCAUCAACAACAAACUGCGCCGAGGCGACAUCAUUGGCGUCCGCGGAAACCCAGGCAAGACAAAGAAAGGGGAGCUGAGCAUCAUUCCCAUUGAGAUGACCCUGUUGUCCCCAUGUUUGCACAUGUUGCCCCACCUGCACUAUGGCCUCAAAGACAAGGAAACAAGGUUCCGCCAGCGGUACCUGGAUCUGAUCCUCAAUGACUUUGUGAGACAGAAGUUUAUAAUUCGGGCCAAAAUCAUCACAUACCUGCGCAGCUUUCUGGAUCAGAUGGGGUUUUUAGAGAUCGAAACACCAAUGAUGAACAUUAUUCCGGGCGGAGCUGUGGCCCGACCAUUCAUCACGCACCACAACGAGCUUGACAUGAAACUCUACAUGAGGGUCGCCCCAGAGCUCUACCAUAAGAUGCUUGUGGUCGGUGGAAUAGACAGAGUGUAUGAGGUUGGUCGUCAGUUCAGGAACGAAGGCAUCGACCUGACCCAUAAUCCCGAGUUCACUACCUGCGAAUUCUACAUGGCGUAUGCAGACUACACCGAUUUGAUGGAGAUCACAGAAAAACUGCUGUCAGGAAUGGUGAAGCACAUUACUGGGGGGUACAAGGUGACUUAUCACCCUGAUGGUCCAGAGGGACAGGCCUAUGAGAUUGACUUCACUCCACCGUUCAGAAAAGUCAGCAUGACGCACGACUUGGAGAAAGCCAUGGGAGUCAAAUUCCCUCCUACUGACAGCUAUGACUCUGAUGAGACUCGUAAGUUCUUUGAUGACUUGUGUGUCCAAAAAGGUGUUGAAUGUCCUCCACCAAGAACCACUGCCCGCCUUCUGGACAAGUUGGUUGGAGAUUUCCUUGAGGUCACAUGUAUCAACCCAACAUUCAUCAUUGACCACCCUCAAAUCAUGAGCCCUCUGGCAAAAUGGCACAGAUCCAAGAAAGGUCUAACAGAGCGCUUUGAGCUCUUUGUGAUGAAGAAGGAAAUCUGCAACGCCUAUACGGAGUUGAAUGACCCCAUUAGACAGCGGGAGCUUUUCGAGCAGCAAGCCAAGGCCAAAGCUGAAGGCGAUGAUGAAGCCAUGUUCAUCGAUGAAACCUUCUGCACAGCACUGGAAUAUGGUCUGCCGCCUACUGCAGGCUGGGGGAUGGGCAUCGACCGCCUCACCAUGUUCCUCACCGACUCCAAUAACAUCAAGGAGGUAUUGUUGUUUCCAGCCAUGAAGCCUGAUGAUAAUAAGCCAACCGCCCCUCCAGACAGUUCCCCUGCCUUGUAAGGCCUGUAGCAGCUUCUGCGGCUCCUCUCUGCAGAAGGCUUUACCUCACUGUGCUCAUCGGUGGAGGAUGCAGGUCUAGUUUUUGUUGGUGGGGUUCUCAGGAGAAAUCCUUGUUCCAACUUGACUGACUGGUGAACAAAAUGUUUUUCUUUUGUAUUUCCUAUAUUUCUGUGCCCACGUUUGCACCAUACGGUUUUGGCUAAAUCAGAUGUUUUAAUCCACUCUGUCUCCCCGAUAAUGUUUUUUAUCACAAACUGAUAAAACUGCUGUUAUGGCCAAAGCUUCAUCUACUUUGAACUACUUAGGAGUUUCCUUGCUUUGGCUAUCAAAUACCACACAUGGAUCCAUAUUUACUGAAACAACUCUGGUUCUAGUAUUUUAAAUCUUCUUUGGAAACCUUUUUUUCUCUUUUUACUGGAUCUGCAUGUAAAACCCCGUCUGCUGUUUUCCAUCAAAAACUCACUCAAGUCAUUGUUUUUCUGAAGUUCGAACAUGGGUUUGUCCAAAUAAAAUGCAUUUAUGUCUA